UUGUUUGUGACUGUUUUACUUUCACUUGACCAGAGCACAUGCUUGACAUGUUUAUUCGCUUAAAGACUUCAGAAAAUGGAACAAAAUGAGGAGGAUGAGGUGGUUUCUCUGUUUUCUGUCGUCAGUCGCUGCCUAUGGGCCCCACUCUCUAAUAUUUUUGUCCACAGGACGUACUGCACCUAAAGCCCGGCCUGUGUUUGAGCAGCUGACUGUUUAUGAUGACGUUGGAAUCUCGUACUGUGACAGCAAAACCACACAAGAACAAGUCAAACCCCGCCUUCAAAGCAGACACUUCUCUGAAAGCUGUAAUGGAGCAUUUGGUGAUGUCCUCAGGUUUAUCAAAGAUAUUUCAUCGCAUACCAACGACACAGUGGAUGUUGUGCAGCGACGCCGUGGCUGCAUCCUGUCGUCCAGUGGGAGAGUCUCUGCUUUUGACACCUGGGCAGUGAACGGGGUCGACUUUUUGACCUUUGACCCAGAAUCUGAGCAGUGGACGUCUCAUGAACCUUCUGCUUUACCAAUUAAAAAAAAGUGGAACGAAGACAAAAUCAGGAAUUAUGCAUUUUCGGGGUUCAUCAGUCAAGACUGUCCGCUCAUCAUUGGGAGAAUCACUUUAAGAUCAAUCGACAAGACCACAGACCUGCAUGUUUUUGCCAAACCCACAGCCGACACUGACCGGGCACUGCUGAGGUGUCACGUGACAACGACCGACCGAUCAGCAAGUUCAAUGCAUCUGGUUGGAGAUGGGGCCUCCAGGGCCUUUUGGAUCUCAGUGACCGGUCCGGUACCGUCUGGAGACGGGUCGGUGAUCCUCAGACUGACGGCUAUGAUCUCUCUAACCCAAGUCAUCAACACCUACGGCUGCACGGUCCAAACAGGAGGGCACAACAUCACCGUCUACUGGGAUGGGAACACUCUGGACCACAGACCGCUCAUCCACACACGGAUCACAUCCAACAGUAUGUUUUUGGGUGUCCUUGGGUUCUUCUGCGUAGUGGCAACUGUUACUCUGAUAUCCUGUGCAAUGAUAUAUCUGCAGAAAUGUGUCAAGACCAGGCGUCCUCCUCCUCCUCCUCCGCCCAGUCCAGCGCUGGUGCAGCAGUUCCACAGCUUCAUUCAGAGUUCAACACUGUUUCCAGAUAUCAGGGACAUCCUUAUUUCAGCUGUAUACGCUACAAAUACCCCACAGAGAUACAGACACCACCAGGAGGAAUGGUACGACAUGAUGAGGUUCAGAGACCAGGAUUAUUACGACCCAGAGUUCUUUGCAGGACAAGUUUGAUUGGAUAUUUACAAACAG